CGCAGUUUAGUUGAGAACAAGUAUGGCUUACCGGCUGGGGUGGGCGGCGGCUCGAGGGUCUCCUUUCUUGGCCGCUCUGUGGAGAAGCCGCUGCCGAGGGCUCCGGGGCCUGACGCCCGCUCAGCAGUGGCUGAAGAGAGUCCAGCCAAGGCAUAUAGCAUCCUUCCAGCAGCCAUUGUGUUCAAAGUCACCUGAAGACCCUCUUCGUUCCAAAGAUCAGGCGAAAAAUGCUGGCGGAAGCAAUAAUGGAGGAGAAGGUGACCGAGGCAAAAAGGAGGACGAUUCCAGUUGGUGGAGUCGUGUGCAGAAGGGAGAGUUCCCAUGGGAUAAUAAGAAUUUCCGAUACCUCUUGGUCAUGGGAGCUGGCGUCGUCUCUGGCUUCCUGUAUUUCUAUUGGCAAGAUCCUGGCCGAGAGAUCAGCUGGAAGCACUUUGUGCAAUACUACUUGGCCCGCGGAGUGGUAGAGCGGCUGGAAGUGGUGAACAAGGAGUUUGUGAGAGUGUUUCCGGUCCCCGGGGCCACUUUUGAGAAGUACGUCUGGUUCAACAUUGGCAGUGUGGAUACGUUCGAACGGAACUUAGAGGCUGCCCAACAAGAGCUGGGCAUUGACAUGGCGCACCAGGUCUCAGUGGUCUACAGCACGGAGAGUGAUGGCUCCUUCCUGGUGGGCCUGGUGCCCACUCUGGUACUGGUGGGUUUCCUGCUCUUUACUCUGAGGCGAGGACCCAUGGGUGGUAGGGGCCGAGGGCCCGGGAGCCUCUUUAGCCUGGCCGAAACCACGGCCAAGGUCCAGCAGGGCAACACUCAGGUGCAGUUCAAGGACGUGGCUGGCUGCGAGGAGGCCAAGCUGGAGAUCCUGGAGUUCGUCAACUUCCUGAAGAAUCCCAAGCAGUACCAGGAGCUGGGGGCCAAGAUCCCAAAGGGAGCAAUGCUGACCGGUCCCCCAGGAACAGGCAAGACCCUCCUGGCCAAAGCGACCGCAGGAGAAGCCAACGUGCCUUUCAUCACUGUCAAUGGCUCUGAGUUCCUGGAGAUGUUUGUGGGCGUUGGACCGGCCAGAGUGCGGGACAUGUUUGCCUUGGCCCGAAAGAAUGCCCCCUGCAUCCUAUUCAUCGACGAGAUUGACGCUGUUGGGAGGAAGCGGGGCCAGGGACACUUUGGGGGGCAAAGUGAGCAGGAAAACACCCUCAACCAGCUGCUGGUGGAGAUGGAUGGGUUCAACAACAGCACAAAUGUUGUGAUCCUAGCCGGCACCAACAGGCCGGACGUUCUGGAUCCAGCAUUGAUGCGACCAGGACGCUUUGACCGCCAAAUUUAUAUUGGCCCACCAGACAUCAAAGGCAGAGCAGCUAUCUUCAAAGUCCACCUCCGACCUCUCAGGCUGGAUGCGGGUAUCAGCCGAGACGCUCUGGCUAGGAAGAUGGCUGCCCGGACGCCCGGAUUCACAGGGGCUGAUAUCGCCAAUGUGUGCAACGAGGCUGCCUUGAUUGCCGCGCGACACGCCAGCCCCACUGUGGAUGAGAAGCACUUUGAGCAGGCCAUCGAGAGAGUCAUUGGGGGGCUUGAGAAGAAGACUCAGAUUCUGCAGCCGAAUGAGAAGGCAGUGGUGGCAUACCACGAGGCAGGACAUGCCGUGGUUGGGUGGUUCUUGGAGCAUGCAGACCCCUUGCUCAAGGUGUCUAUCAUCCCCCGAGGGAGGGGCCUAGGCUAUGCGCAAUACCUGCCCCGGGAGCAAUUCCUCUACACCCGGGAGCAACUCUUCGACCGGAUGUGCAUGAUGCUGGGAGGCCGCGUGGCCGAGCAGCUCUUCUUCGGGCGGAUCACCACCGGGGCCCAGGACGACCUUCGGAAGGUGACCCAGAGUGCCUACGCCCAGGUGGUGCAGUUUGGCAUGAGUGAGAGACUGGGACAGGUCUCCUUCGACCCCCCGCAUCAAGGCGACCUGACUCCCGAGAAGCCGUACAGUGAAGCCACGGCAGAGCUGAUCGAUGAGGAAGUCCGCUCUUUGAUCACGGCAGCCUAUGAAAAGACCCAGGCCCUCCUGACACGAUGCAGGGACCAGGUGGAAAAGGUCGGGAAGCGUCUCCUGGAGAAGGAGGUGCUGGAGAAAGCCGACAUGGUGGAGCUGCUGGGCCCAAGGCCCUUUGCGGAGAAGUCCACCUACGAAGAGUUUGUGGAGGGAACCGGGAGCCUAGAGGAAGACACCUCCCUUCCCGAAGGAUUGAAGGAUUGGAACCACCAGCGGAAGGAGGAAGAGGAGGAGGAGCAAGAGGAGGGCCAAGGACAGAGGAGCCAGGAGAAGGCCUCGUAGAGCCAAAAAGGUCCUAUUGUUGGUAUGGAGCAUUGGAGCCUGUCUUCUCCAAGCCUUGACCUCAGGUACAAAGGAUGCCUUGAUGGGUUGAUCAGAAGUUGGCCCAAAACACUUCCUCCUUUGCUGUCGGGUUUCUCUUGAAUCGAGCAACGACUUGAAGGCCUUUUCCUGCAAAUAUGCAAAUAUGGUGAUGGAAGUGGAAAAGCAGGUGCCUCUCCCUGCAGCAGACUGGUUUACUCAUUACUUAGUGUACUCAGGGGGAAGAAGUACAGCCAAUGGCAUGCUCUUCUAUGACACUGUUCCUCCUCUUUGGGACUUUGGGUUCCCUAUGGACUCAGUGCCUUCGCUGUAGGUACUUUUCUGCCCAUCAGCCUCAACCUACACUCAAAAGUAUACAAGUGAUGGGCCCUUUGAAGCCAAACCAGGGAGUGGACACACCUUAUGGGAUCUCUUCUGUGGUGAUGCUGCUGAAUAUUUCUUUUUGCAGGAACAUGCAAGGGAUGAGCACAGGUAGGGAGGGGGCCAUCACUGGUGCUAUUUCAAUGGGUGCUACUUGACAUGAUGUGGCCCAGCGGGUUCUAGCAGCAGCUGCUCUUAGCAUGACAAUCACACAAUGCUCAUAGACGUAGAAUAAUAGGCCCACAGAAGUGGAAGAGAGACCACAAGGGCAUUACCUCAAAGAUGCAGAAUUAGGAAACACAAAAAGUACAGAGGGACCCCAGGGACCAUCUAGUCCAGUGUUUCUCAACCUUCCUAAUGCUGCAACCCCUUAAUACAAUUCCUCAUGUUGUGGUGACUCCCAACCAUGAAAUUAUUUUAGUUGCUACUUCAUAACUCUAAUCUUGCUACUGUUAUGAAUCGUAAUGUAAAUAUCUGAUAUGCAGGAUGGAUUUUCAUUCACUGGACCAAACUUGGCAUGAAUACUCAAUAUGCCCAAAUGUGAACACUGGUGGAGUUUGGGGAAAAUAGACCUUGACAUUUGGGAGUUGUAGUUCCUGGGAUUUAUGGUUCACCUCCAAUCAAAGAGCAUUCUGAACUCCACCAACAAUGGAAUUGAACCAUACUCGGCACACAAAACUCCCAUGACCAUCAGAAAAUACUGGAAGGGUUUGGUGGGCCUUGACCUUGAGUUUUGGAGUUGUAGUUCAUCUACAUCAAGAGAGCACCGUGGACUGAAACAAUGAUGGAUCUGAUAAUUGAGCAAGCUUGUUAGAGCUUCUGGGAGUUGGAGGCCCAAACAGCUGGAGGGCCACAAUUUGAGGGCUCCUGGUGUAAGCUCUCAAAUCUUCAUUCCCCAGAACGAAAUCUAUGCUGCUCCCUUCGCCGUUUUUUGUCUCCUAGACCUUUUUGGCCACCUACCUCUUCCUGACUUGGAUUGUGGCCAUUUGGAGGGGCCUGGCCUGCCAGAAGUCCAGCUCGCUUCCAUACCAGUGAUUCGGCAGAAAAAUAGUGUAGUGACUCAGCAGAACUCUGUCAGCCUUUGGAAAGGCAUUGCCUGCUGCAUUCAUAGAACCAUAGAAACAUAAAAUAAUAGAGUUGGAAGGGACCACAUGGAACACUUAAUCCAACCUCCUGCCAUUCAGGGAUCUAAAGGGGGGAUCCUGGCUACCUUUUAUUCCUUUCCAGGAACCCACAUUUCCCCAUUCUCUGGAAGUUCCAGUCUGCAGUACUUGAGGAAAAGAGACCAAGUCCAAUCUUGUGCAUGUGCCUUCAUGUCACUCAUGAACAUACAAAUUUCACAGGCUUUUCUUAGGCAAGGAAUACCCAGAUAUAGCUUUUCCAGUUCCUUCCUCUGAAAUAAGAGCCUAAAGCACCUGGGAUUGGUUGAUGAGCCUCAUCCAAGUACAAACCAGGGCUGGACCUGCUUAACUUGCAAGACCAGAAGGAAUCUGGUACCUUUAGAGUAUUUAGGCAGCUCUUUUAGAGCAGUGUUUCUCAACCUUCCUAUUGCUGUGACCCCUUAAUACAGUUCCUCAUGUUGUGGUGACCCCCAACCAUAAAAUUAUGUUCAUUGCUACUUCAUAACUCUAAUUUUGCUACUGUUACGAAUCAUAAUGUAAAUAUCUGAUAUGCAGGAUGUAUUUUCAUUCACUGGACCAAAUUUGGCACAAAUACCCAAUAUGCCCAAAUUUGAAUACUGGUAUGUGUGUCGGGAGGAGGGGGGGAUUGAUUUUGUCAUUUGGGAGUUGUAGUUGCUGAGAUUUAUAGUUCACCUACAAUCAAAAAGCAUUCUGAACACCAUCAGUGAUGGAAUUGAACCAACCUUGGCACACAGAACUCCCAUGACCAACAGAAAAUACUGGAAGGUUUGAUGGGCAUUUACCUUGAGUUUUGAAGUUGUAGUUCACCUACAUCCAGAGAUCUGGACCAAACUCAAUAUGCCCAAAUAUGAACACUGGUGGAGUUUGGGGAAAAUAGGCAAUCAGUGAGCAUUCUGAACCUCACCAACGAUAGAAUUGGUCCAAACUUCCCACACAGAACCCCAUGACCAACAGAAAACACUGUUUCCUGAUGGUCUUUGGCGACCCCUCUGACACCCCCUUGCGACCCACCCAGGGGUCCCAACCCCCAGGUUGAAAAACAUUGUUUUAGCGGAAUCUAUUGCCAACACAUUGCCCUGUUUUUCUAUGUCUCUCACACAGGGCUUCCUCCCCCUUUUCAUUAUUUGCACACUUUCUUCAAAUUUAGUCCUGUGUAAAUAUUGUGUCAGUCGCAUUCAGGCAUUCUUUCCUCCCCAAAAAGUAAAGUCUACCAUUUGCAAAAGGAAGAA